CAUUGUUGGCCUCCACUGGAUAAGAAGAAAGAUGCUGAGUUUAGGAAGGCAUCCUAUGAAUGGCUAAGAAAGAUUUCUGAAGAUGCUGGGAAUGGUUUUCCACAAGUUGCAGCAUCCAUAUUUCUUUCACCUGGCGGUCCUAAGUUUGUUCAACUCCUGUACCAUUUUGCCAGAUAUGUUUUGUUACAACAUAUCAAAAGAAAUGUUGAUGGCACAAAUACCUAUAUUUCCGAUUCCCUCCAGUUUCAAAUUCAGGACCAAGAAAAGGCCUUGGCAAGAAAUAAGGUGGCACGCCAGAGAUACCUACGAACUCUGCAGAGGGAGAAUGUUGUGAUUAGGCAGUACCAGGAAAAAGCACAGUUGCUUGUAAAGCAGAUAAGGGAGUUGCGGUCUGAGUAUGGGGCUUUGCAGAACCAGUGCAGAGCAACAAAGAAUGAAAAAACUAAUGCUGAAAAUAGGGAAGAUAAUAUAAAGGAGGUGCGACAAUUGUGGGAG